UAUUUGCGUUCAUUUUACCCUUUUCGGCGGGCUUGAAGUGCUCACCAUCGCAAACAUUCAUUACUCCCAAGCGACCUAUCUCAGCAUCAACAAUUCACAGCGGACGGCCAACUCUUUUGCACUCCCUGAACAUUCUCCGCCUAUUGUUAGGACGACGACGGUAUUGGAUAGCAUUCCGGACAAAGAGCUCUUCCCCGACGUCAAGCAGACAUCGUCCUCUUUCGGUCGUCACAAUGGCAGCACCAUGGGACUAUGGCUCGUUUCAGCCUCCUUUGACGUCGGCUCCUGCAUUGGAAGGACCGUUUCUGUCGUCCAUACUUAGCGCUGCAUCAGAACCAGGUUUUUUCACCUCGGCUUUCGAACCACCAAUUCCCACAAUCCAGGUUUCUUCCACUCUGACAAGAGCUUCCUCUACACCACUCACUUCCAUCACGUCGACUCCGCAGUUGAGCGAGCUUCUACCCCAGGAGUCGGCCUUGUCAUUCGCGGUCAGCAGCAGUACAUUCAAUACUUCGACCACCUCAACUACGACAGAAGGGAACAAUUCGACCUUAGGCUCAAACUAUGCACCGUUGUCUGGAUUUGCGACCUCGGUUUCCACCAGCAUCCUUACCGUCAGUGAUCUGUCUACCUUCGGCCUUCCCUCUACUGUCAGCGAUCUGUCUACAGUGAGCCUUCCUUCUACCGUCACCGUUUCUGCCGCCCCUUCUUGGGCAAGACCACCACAUCCGCCAUCCGGGAAGCCUGGUCUGCAACCAUCGAAUCCUGAUGAAGCCACCACAUCCACACAAGGUUCCACUACCACCUAUGUGAUUCUCGGAAUAUUGUUGGCGUUUGGGAUCGGGGGUGCGUUCAUCACGACUCCAUCAGUUGUGCGACAAGUCAAGAAGUGUUUGACUCAAAGGGAGCCAUAAGCAAGAGGUGGUGAAUCGCAUGGACAAUAUGAAGAUGUCGAGUGCAGUGUCACGAAUGCGGGCGAUGCAAUGAUUGUGAACGUCAUGUGAUGUAUGCACAAUGCAGUGUGCCAUCGGUUUGUAUCGAAGGCUUCCUGGGACAUAAUUAUGGUAGGCUGGCCCCGUUGCUCUCUUGCAGGACCUCGCUACAAAACCAGGGACUCAGCUUCGGUGUGUAUGAGUAUGGCUCCAGCUUCAAGACUUACCACAGACGCAUUGUGGUGGAAGAAAGAGUCAAGUGCAACCAGUGUCAAAUUAGAACCAUAGGUCAAUGUCACCUUUUCUUGCUUUGUCGACCGCCCUUUCCACUCAUUUCGUGGUGUU